AUGGGUCAGCUAGGGUUCCCCCUCCUCGAGGACUUGCCCAAGGACCAGGACGGCUACCCCUACGAGCCCACUGCGGGGCUGAUCAAGGCUUUCAAGCGAAUCAAGGUCUGUCAGAUUGCAGGGGGAGAUGGCCACACAGCGGCAGUGACGGUCCACGGCAAGCUGUACAGCUGGGGGGCGAGUGCUUGCGGCCAGCUCGGGCAUUGCGACACCGAGCACAUGCCAAAAGACGUCGAAGGAUAUCCGUACCAGCCGGUCCCUUUGUUGGUUCACAGCCUGCAGGACGUGUGCAUAGUUCAAAUUGCCUGCGGCGAUGCACACACCGUGGCGCUGUCUCGGGAGGGCGCUUUGUACAGUUGGGGCGGCGGUGGCUGCGGGCAGCUUGGCCACUCGGAGACUUCCAAGAUGCCCAAGGAUGAGGAUGGCUGCCCCUACCAGCUCACCCCAAGAGUAGUCGAGCAUCUUCGGCCGCAUGUGGUCUCCACUAUUGCGUGCGGCAAGGCGCACACCAUCGCUGUCUCUGAUCAAGGGCGGAUAUUCACCUGGGGCGCCGGGGCUUGUGGCCAGCUAGGUCACCCUGACACCAGCAGCUUCCCCUCGGACGAAGACGGCUAUCCUUUCCAGCCAGUUCCGAGGGAAGUGGAUCAUCUGAAGGACUUUAGGGUCAUCGCCACUGCUUGCGGCGAUGUCCACACCUUGGCCCUCACCGACGAGGGCCGCGUCUACUCCUUCGGAGGCGGCUCCUACGGACAGCUCGGCGUCAAGGAUGUGUUGGCGAUGCCAGUUGACGCAGACAACUGUCCCUACAUGCCGACGCCCCAGCGGAUCGUUGGCCUCGAGGGCAUCGUUCGUCUGGCGUGCGGAGACUCGCACUCUCUGACCGUGGACAGAGACGGGCGGCUCUACUGCUGGGGUGCCAACUCCUGCGGUCAGCUGGGCAUCAUGAACCCAGACGACCCCAGGAUACGGAAAGAUCCAGAUGGAAUUCCGCACCUGCCAACGCCGGCCGCGAUCGAGGCAUUGGCUGAUCAAAGGAUCAUCGACAUCGCCUGCGGGGAGGCGCACUCCCUGGCAGUGUCGGCCACAGGCAACCUCUACAGCUGGGGAGCCUGCUCUUGUGGACAGCUGGGGCUCGGCAGUUGCGAGGGCAUGCCUGUGGACAGCGACGGCUAUCCCUACCGGCCCACCCCAACGCUUGUCACUGCUGGCUUCCGCGGCAAGGCAGUGGUGAGAGUAGCCUGUGGAGGGGUUCACAACCUUGCCAUAACAGAGCCGGAUCGGUCCCUGGCAAGCGGCCUGUCCACACUUGUAAAUAGCGAGACUUUGGCAGACGUCUGCUUCGUUAGUAGCGAGAGAAGUGUGGUCUAUGCCCACCUCUGUAUCUUGAAGCACAAUGCGCCCCAGCUGCAUGCCCACAUCCUGAAUCAGAUCGAGGCCAAGGAGGCCGAGUCGGUGGCCAUGGAGGGCCGGCAGCUCCCACUGGUGCCACUCAUAAAUGUGCGGCUUGAAGUGCUCCUGGACUUCCUCCAGUAUGUGUACACACUCGACAUAGAUGCGGCUACUAUGUCACUCUCCAACUUCGCCGCUGUGCUGGAGCUGUACCACUUGGGCGAGAGGUUCAACUUGACCAACUUGCUUCCAAAGUGCCGACGGCUUGUUCGGGAGCAGUUGGGAAAGCAGAAUCUGCACCGCCCUGUGCUGGGGCUUUUAGAUGCGAGGCCGAGCUGUGCAACGGCGCGCAGCCUUUGGCGCAGCCCAGAGCCCGAGACCCUGCCCAGCGAUGAGCCCCCAGCUGACUCCAGAAAGGACUGGCCAAGUGGCGGUGGGGACGGUUGGGGAAUCUUCUUCCUCCCGACCGGCCAAGCCUUAGUGCUCGACGACGCAGCAUAUCGAGAAACGUUGGCUCGAGGGACGCUCUUGGACUUGCAGGACAUCGGAGUUCCUCAGAAAGAUGAGGACUCGACCAUGCUGGAGGACCACAUGCGGAGGAUGCUUGCAGAUAAGGAGAGCUGCGAUGUGUUGCUCGCGGCGGGAACAGACGCCUCGGAGGAGGUUGCGGCCCACAAAUGUGUCCUGGCCAGCCGUUCCUCCUACUUCCGUGCCUUGUUCUCCUCGGAGUUUCGCGAGCGGAGCGAAGGCAGAGUGCUGCUGGAGGACAUCAGCUUCGAGCAGUUAACGUACCUCCUGCAUUUCAUUUAUGCAGAUGACUGGUUGGUGGAGGACCCGGAGUUUGCCUUCGAGAUGAUUCCGAUCGCAGACCGCUUUUCGGUGCAGAGCUCGGCUUCCGGUUCGGGUGAUGGUGACACCUCAACAAAAGCCUGCCAGAGCGAUGACUCCAAUGCGAGUACGGCUUUGGCUUGGCAGGCUUCUGGCAGCGAACUCCUGGGUCCGUCGUGGCAGCUGGAAUCCUCACCCCUUACGGCAGCCCCCUGUGGUGCCAAGAUUAGGAAAAUCGAUAGACCCCCUGUGGUGUCCAGAUUCAACUGGUGA